AUGUCGCUCAACCGCAUCUCGUUCCUCGAAGGGUGGGAGCGGAAUCCUGCGGCUUUUCUGCGGGGACGAGUGGAGGAAACGGGUUCCGCGGCUUCUGAUGAAGAGUCUGACGUGGAUCAGGACUUACCAGAGUCUCUCUCCUCUUCGUUUCCCUCGACGUAUUCCAGACUCAAUUUCAAUCCGUAUGCUGGCCCCGCCUGGAGUGAACGAGGCGAUGAUCGUGAUGAUCGCUCACUGACUGGUAUAUCCCCCACGAGGACGCGGGAAGCUCCUGCGGAGCGGGGGUGGGCACCGGGGCCCGUGGCAGUGCCCGAGCCCAAAGCCAAAUCCAGGGACUGGCUGUCGGAAACGACCGGAGCCUUCGAAAUAAGCCCCGCCAGAAGAAUCGUCCAGGUUUGUUUGGCGAUCGUAUACUGCUUCGUCUCGGCCGGCAUUGUCUUUGGAUUUGCGGCUUUGAAGCCGGUCCUCGUCAGCGAGAAUGUGUAUCGAAACUAUUGCUCGUUGGAGGAACUAGCACAGAAUGUUCCCGUCUGUGACGGGCAGGAAAUUCGCUUGAAUUUGAUGUUCACAAUCGCCGCUGUCGCAACCAAUGUUUCUGCUCUCCCCGUGGGAACCAUUCUAGAUUCCUGGGGCCCACGAGUCAGUGGAAUCAUUGGGGGGUUCCUCCUGGCUUUUGGUGCCAUCAUAUUCGCAUUUGCUGAUCUAUUACCCUUCGACGGAUACAUCUCGGGCUAUCUACUACUAUCUCUAGGCGGGCCCUUCAUCUUCAUCUCAUCCUUCCAGCUAUCAAAUACUUUCCCCUUGCGCUCGGGCCUAAUCCUGUCGGCAUUGACCGGGGCGUUUGAUGCAUCCAGUGCAGUAUUCCUGGUAUUUCGCCUGAUAAAUGAGCGCUCAGGUGGCAGUUUCUCUGUCCGAAAGUUCUUCCUCCUUUAUCUCACAGUCCCGGCGUUGAUCGUCGUUGCACAACUCAUUCUGAUGCCGAUAACAUCAUACAAAACCACCGGUGAACUAGUUCAACAUGCUGAGACACAGAUAACAGAAGAGAGAAGAGAUCAAACUGACACAGCAAUGGAGAAUCAGCAUGAAAGUGAAAGACAGCGGCAAGAUCGCCGCGCUCACCGGCAAAGCAUCGUCUAUCAAAUUCAAGACCUUCUAGAUGACGGCACAGAUUCUAUUUUCUCGGCGACUGGGGCUGAUGAUACACUAUUCAGUGGUCUUUCAAGCCCUCGCCGUCCGCUUUCCCCACGGUCCACUCGCUCGCGACCUGACAACCCCAAACCUCUGCCAAUGCCACCCAAUGCGCCAAACACAAACACCAGUGGAGUCUGGGGCGUCUUACAUGGACAAAGUGCAUUAUCACAAAUACAGACCCCGUGGUUCACGUUAAUCACGUUCUUCACCGUUCUAAUGAUGCUUCGAAUCAAUUAUUUCGUGGCAUCGCUCCGUACCCAAUACACCUAUCUCCUCGGCUCGUCCUCGGAAGCUCGAACCAUAAACUCUGUUUUCGACAUCAUGCUCCCAGUCGGUGGCCUUUUCUCGAUUCCAUUCAUCGGAACGUUCCUCGACAAACUGAAAACACGUACUGUUCUUGCUGUUCUCGUUUCCACGGCCACCGUAAUGGGUGUGCUCGGCUGCAUCCCCCAUAGCACAGAAGCUGCCUACGCGAAUAUAACCCUUUUUGUCCUUUACAGGCCUUUCUACUAUACCGCAGUCUCCGACUACGCAGCAAAGGUAUUCGGCUUCCAAACAUUCGGGAAGGUCUAUGGACUGAUCAUAUGCCUUGCUGGAGUGGGCAACUUUGCGCAAGCUGGACUUGAUGCGCUUACUCUGAAAGUCUUUGAUGGGAACCCGGUGCCUGUGAAUGCCGCUUUGACGACCGUGGUCGCUAUUGUCGGCGCCUCGCUAGCUGGAUUUGUGAGCUUGAAGACAAGCAUCCUACUUAGCUCGGCAUCGAAAGUCGAAACUCGAGAAGAUCACCCAGGCUUGGUUCGCAUAGACUGGGAACGAGAGCCACUCUUGACGAGAUCCGGGAGCAUUGAAGGAGGUGGUCAGCGGGCCUAUGGCACAUAG